UCGACUAGGGCCUGUCACAUAACAGAGUCCUUCUUAGCUGACAGUGUCUGUAGUUUAGCCUGGCUCAGAGACUAUUACAAUGUCUGUAGUGUAGCUCAGAGACUGUUAGAGUGUCUGCAGCGUAGCUCAUAGACUAUUACAAUGUCUCUAAUGUAGCUCAGAAUCUAUUUCAGUGUCUUUAGUGUAUAGCUCAGAGACUAUUUCUGUGUCUACGUCCGGCCUCUUCGCCGUGCUCCGUGACACAUUUCCUCUAAGUCUUCAGAUGCUGCUCCGUCAACAACAUGGCCUGUCGCAGAAAAGACAGCUUCCUCUGGGGAAGAGCCGAGAGGACGGCCCUCAAGUCCUCCCGACCUCACCGAGGGGACCCCGGCGAUGACGUCCAGACCCUGCAGGAGUCAGAACGCGUCGCCGUGGAAACACCGGUCAGCACGGAGCUCGGCGAGCAGAAGAAAAACACUUUAAGGAACCGGAUCUUCUUGUGUGGAAAAAAGAAAUUCAACAUGGACCCCAAAAAGGGCAUUUGUUAUCUGGUAGAAAACAACUUCUUGGAAUGGAGAGCAGAGUCUGUGGCCGAGUUCAUCUAUAAAGAGGAAGGCUUGAACAAAACGGCCAUCGGGAACUUCCUGGGAGAGAGGGAGGACAUGCACAUCGAGGUCCUGAAGGCCUUCGUCAACCUGCACCAGUUCUUCCACCUCAACCUGGUGCAGGCGCUAAGACAGUUCCUGUGGAGCUUCCGUCUCCCGGGCGAGGCCCAGAAGAUCGACAGGAUGAUGGAGGCCUUCGCAGCGCGCUACUGUGACUGCAAUGCCGGGGUCUUCCAGUCCACAGACACCUGCUACAUCCUGUCCUUCUCCAUCAUCAUGCUGAACACCAGCCUCCACAACCCCAGCGUGAAGGACAAGCCGGACCUGCGGCGCUUCUUCAUCAUGAACCGCGGCAUCGACCACGGGGACGACCUGUCAGCGGAGCUGCUGACCAAGCUGUACGAGAGCAUCUCCAAGGAGCCCUUCAAGAUCCCCGAGGACGACGGCAACGACCUGACGCUCACCUUCUUCAACCCCGACCGCGAGGGCUGGCUGCUCAAACGGGGUGGGCGGGUGAAGACCUGGAAGAGGCGGUGGUUCAUCCUGACUGACAGCUGCCUCUACUACUUCCAGUACACCAGCGAUAAGGACCCCAUCGGGAUCAUCCCCCUGGAGAACCUGUCCGUGAGGCCCAUCCACGACCCCACCAAGCGGUACUGCCUGGAGCUGUCCAGCUGCGGGGGGCAGAAGGUGAAGGCCUGUAAGGUGGAGGCGGGGGGGCUGGUGGAGGGGAAGCACCGCGCCUACCGGCUCAGCGCCGCCAGCCGGGCGGAGCAGGACGGCUGGGUCGCCUCCAUCAGGUCCAGCAUCUCAAAGGACCCCUUCUACGACCUGGUGACCUCGCGCCGGAGGAAGGUCACCGGCAGCAUCAACAGCAGCAACCACAACAGGAGUACCCAAGGACCCCGCUCUGAGCCUCAGAGCUGACCCUUAACGAGGCUGGGUCUGUAAUUAAAGCGUCCCUUGUUCUUACCCUCCCUGGAGCGCGGGGCUUUAACAACAGUCCACAGUCAACUACCCUCUCAGUGUUGCACUGCUGUCCCAGACCCACAGAGCUGAUGCAGGUUCCCUGGAUCAUGCGGAGCGUUUAAAAUAAGAUUGUGUUGUUAUGUGAUUGACCAGUAUUUUCUCUAGAUAGCCAAUAUGAAUUUGAGACCGUUAGGUGUUUUCUGUGUGUGUGUGUGUGUGUGUGUGUGUGUGUGUGUGUGUGUGUGUGUGUGUGUGUGUGUGUGUGUGUGUGUGUGUGUGUGUGUGUGUGUGUGUGUGUGUGUGUGUGUGUGUUUAGGGCAGUUUAUUAAUGUUUUGGUUGUUCAAAUUGCAAUAGCAAGUUAUUACAACAGCAUUUGUACAAAGAUAUGCAAACAUCUUGCACAAUUAUUUGUGUUAUUACAUCGUAUUUAUUGACACGCAGAUUAACAUGGACCUUUUUCUAUUUUUUUUAUAAUAAAGAUUUAAAUUAAAAGCAAAACCUGGUAUUUUUUUGCCAACAGGUGGCAUUAGUGAGUCACUUUGUUCUCGAGUUAAAAACAGCAGACCUCGAGGUGCUCGUCGGGAACAACAGACGAACAGGAACCGGAGAAAUUGAACGGACAUUGAUCCAAUGUCAUUGCUAAUUGCAUCAAGGUAUUAAUCACCUGAU